GCCAAGCGGCAGUCUGAGACAAAAAGAGAGGCAGUCUUUUGAGAACAGGAUUCUACUCUGGCUUCUGCACUAUGGUGGCUGAGAGGUCAAUACACUCAUGGAAUCACUGUUGUUAAAUGCACCCUACAAACUAGCAGCAAUGCCCUCUGUGUGCCUCUUAAUCAGCUUCACAGUAAUUUGCUUUUCCCUUCUGCAGGACCUUCGAGGGAGUGUGGAGAGGAUCUGCCAGUUCCUCGGCAAGGAGCUGAACAGCCAGCAAAUAGACUCUGUGGUGGAAAGCCCCUGCUUCAAGAAAGUGAAGCAUGAGACCAUGCCCAUCUCAUCUCGGAAGCGAAGUAGUUUAAUGCCCAGUAAACAUGCGCUGACAGGGCUCCCCGGGGAUUGGAAGCACCAUAUCACAGUGGCACAGAACGAACGCUUUGACAGUUGUUAUCCACCUCACAUUCAGGGUGUGGGUGUGCGUUUCCCUUGGGACUGAAGAAGGGUUGCUUUUUCGCAUCCCCACACUCUUUUAUCUCUCAUAUGAUGCAUGUCCCUCCUACCAAACCACCAGGCUCUAUCGCUCUUCUUCAGAUGUGAUCAGAAGAGGCUGGUCAGUGAAUGGUAUCGUUGUAUUGUCUUUUGUAUUUUCAAAUAUGGUAUGCAAGAGGUAGGCAACCUGUGGCCAUCCAGAUGUGGUGGAACUGCACGCCCAUCAUCCCCGACCAUUGACAAUGGUGGCUGGGGCUGAUGGGAGCUGGAAUCUAUUAGCAUCUGGAGGGCUACAGGUUCCCCAUCCCUGCUGUAUGUUGUUUGUUUUUUAUUCUGUAAUAAAAAUUGUAUUGUAUCUUAUAGUAUUCAUAAUUGUAUUGAUGCACAGCUAAAUGUAUUCAAUUACCCAUACCAACACAACAGGUGGUAAUGCUGUCAGGGUGAUGUUAUGGAUUCCAAAGUUAUUUCCCAAGGUGGCAGUCAGUCAGU